AUGUCAAUGUUGGAGGAGAUGAGCAUUCAGGGUAUUCGAAGUUUUGGACCCGAGAAUCCUCAAAGAAUUAAAUUUUCUGCGCCAGUUACUUUGAUUCUGGGCCCAAAUGGCACAGGGAAGACGACCAUUAUUGAAUGUCUAAAGUAUGCGAUCACUGGCGAGUCCCCACCUGGUUCCAGGAAUGGGGCAUCUUUUAUCCAUGAUCCCAAGGUGAGCCUGACACGAUCUGUGGAGGUUAAGGCCAAGGUUGCGGUCAAGGCUAAGGAUGUAAAAAACAGUCCUCUCAUCGUCUCACGCAGCCUGGUUGCUACACGACGUGGAACGGUACGCACAACCCUCUUUGCAUUCGCAAAGCAGCCCACUCUGAAGACUUUGGACGGAACAAUAAAGAGGCUCACUCCGACAGGCCAAACAGUCAGUCUCAGCUCGCGUUGCGGUGAAAUCAAUAAAGAGAUGGAAAACAGUCUGGGAGCUUCAAAAGCCGUUUUCGAAAAUGUAAUUUUUUGCCAUCAGGAGGAAUCGAAUUGGCCGCUGCAAGAAGCAAAGGCCGUGAAGGAGCGCUUCGACGAUCUUUUCGCAUCUUCUCGUUAUGUCAAGGCCCUUGAUGCUAUCAGAAAGUCUAGAAUCAGUCAGAAUGAAAAUGUUAAGGUUUUCCGGGCUGAAUUAACUCACUUGAGUCGGUCUAAAGAGGAGGCAAACAAGCUUAGAGGUCAGGCACUGGACACAAAGUGCGCCCUUAAUUCUCAAAUGCAAGUUCUCGCGGAAGUUGACAAACAACUGGAUCCAGUGACUGUGGUGAAUCUCCUUACAUUUAACUAUCCUCUCCAGGCUGAAUUAACCCUUUAUCGGAAGAAAUCCGCGGAUUUGGUCAACUAUCAAUCUGAAGCUCGUACGUCAUGGCGUUCGUGUGCAGCGGAAAAAGCGAGCUUGGAGGCCGUUUUCAGGGAUUUGUCAAAAAAUAUUGGCAAGGAAUUUGAAGGAACGGAUGCAGAAUUGAACAAUGCAAUUGAGCACGCCGAAGAGCAGUUGUUGGAAAAACAGCAGUCGCUUGUGAUGGCGGAGGGUGAAUUGAAGCGUCAUCAGACAGAACUUGAAGCCAACGAGAAGAAGAGGUCGGAGCUCAUUGUCCGAAAAACUCAAUUAGAUGUUGAAGUAAAGAGAAUGGAUCAGACUGUGCAAAAGCGUAAUGAGCUCUUGGGUCGGCUAGCUGCACGCUUUGAACUUAACGGAAUCUCUCAAAAGUGUGCUCUUGGUAGUGACAUUUCCACCGAUGAGGUGGACGCAGUACAUCAACAUUUGAACAGGGCCCUUCGUGAAGCUGAAACUCAGUUAUCCCAAACGAAGGCCUCCACGGAAGCAAAUAGCCAGAAGGCUCAGAAGGCUGUUGACGAAGCUCGCUCAGCCCUGGUUCGAAUGGAGCAGUCUAUUGCAGGUCUUGAAUGCGCCAUGACGGACAACACAACAGAAAUUUCUGCCGUUAAAACGAACUUGGAACGGGCUAACGCUGCCACUGGCGAAUUGGAGACUGUUAGCAGCAAAUUGGCGGAAGCUAAAAAGGCUCGCGAGCUGUUAGAGGCUUCUAUGAGUGAGUCGGAGGUAAAGAGCUCGAUUCAGAAGGCAGAGAUCGAGCGCAGCGUCUGCGAAACUGACAUGGCGUUGCUCGAUGCCCAGAUUGACGAGGCACAGCGCAACGUAAUGAAGAAUCAUGAAAUAAUUGUGUUGGAAAGAAACAGGAAUGCCGCAAUUGAGAAGGCCAGGAAAUUGCGUAGUCGUCAAUUGGAGUCGUUGGAGCAGAUUUUUGCCGGAGAAAUUGUCCCCGCUGUGGUGGUUGAUGAGUCUCAGACGUCCUGCAGUCUUGCAAAAUUGUUUAAUUCACGUUUUACCGAAUUAACCUCUUCUUCUAAGGCUGCUCAGCACAGUCUAAACAAAUUGCAACAGCAACUCUCCAAGUUGGAGAUGGAAUUGUCAUUCCAGAGCGACUGUGCUACUGAGGAGGGAAGCCUGUAUUUGUGGAAGAAGUUUCGUGACCGCCUUUCUCACGAGUCCGAAUGUCCACUGUGUCACAGAAAUUUUGAAAAUGAACAGGAUCACCAGGAGUUAAUUGAGGAGCUUGAUAAGCGUCUUGUCACAGUGCCCCACGAUUUGGCCGCUAAGAGGAAGGAGCUUCAACAAAUCGUGGCCCAAUACGAGACACUCAUUGAACUAAAACCAGUCAGCGUCAAUCUUUUGCAAUUAAAAGACUCAGAAUUGCCUGCCUUAGAAGGUCAAGUUCGGACUAUCCAAUCUCGGCUCGAGGAACUGCAAAGCAAAAUUGAACAGGAAACGUCGAAAUUGGAAUGCAUUCAGGCCGAUGAAUCUGUCGCUCGAUCACUUCAGGGCGAUAUAGCCUUCAUAGAGAAGUUGGAGAAGGAGAUAGCAAGCCAAAAUCGUUCUUUGAAAUUGCUUACAGCAGCGCCUGAAGGCACAGCACCCAACCUUGUUCCAGACCUCCAGGAAAAGCGUAAUGAGCUACGCGUCAAACGCAACAAUCUUUCUGCGGAAAUUGAUGACUUGCGCACCAAACUGGAACAGAAGUUGGCCGAACGUCAGAAAGCAGUAAAUAAAGAGAAUGAGCUGAGGAAUACCCUCCUCAACCAUUUCCAUCUUGUUGCUUUUUUAUCGCAGCUCGAAAAGGAGUUCCAAUCGGUGACCCACUUGAGGACUGAGCUCAACCGACUCACAUCGGUACGGGCUCGUGUUAGUGGAGAGCUGGAGGUUCUGCGUGGACAACUGCCCACCUGCAGGUCAGCCCUUGAUGCGGCCGAAGCUGAAAAGCAGAGCGUUAGUGCGGCGGGGAAGAAGCAAGUGGCCGAUGCUCUGGCCGAGUGGCAACUGUGGACCGACCAAAGCCGUCAGGUUGUGGAGGCGUGUGCGGCAGCCACCUUCAGAGGCGUGGAUGCAUCCUGCGGUGAACAUCCGAAAAAGCAGCUUGAGCGUGUCACAAAUGAACUUUCCGCUUUGGAUGGCGUCGUUGGAGAGCUUAAGCUUGCUAUUGAAAAUACCUCAAAUGUAAUUGAAGCUCUCCGCACUACCGUCGCUAAUAACAAGAUAUUUCAACGCGAACUAGAAGACUGCGUGCUCUUACGACAGACACGAAGUCAGCUGUCUUUACUCAAUGUGCAGGUUCAGGAAAUUCAGCGAAAAAUAGAUGCCUGUAAAUCUGGUAUCCCUGAGUCUGCAGAUCUCGUGGAGUACGUUAGCCACCUAUCCGACAAGGAAGACGGGCUCCGCAAGCAGAGACAAGUUGUCAAUGACAGAAUCACACGGUUGCAGACUGAAUUGCGAAUGUUGGAAUGCAGCUUGUCGGAAAAGUACGCCGAUGCUGAAACUGAGUACAUGAAGAAGAUGUAUGAGCUCAAGAUCGCCGAACUAGCGGCCACUGAUCUCCAGCAUUUUCAUGAAGCACUUGAUCGGGCAAUUAUGGCGUAUCACACGGAGAAAAUGGAUGAAGUCAACGAACUAAUCCGGGAUUUGUGGCGAACGACAUAUCGAGGAAACGACAUAGAUUACAUAAAAAUCUGUAGCGAAGAGGAGCCCCUAUCAGUGGCCGCAAAUGCUGCGAAAACUCGGCGGACGUACAACUACCGCGUUGUGAUGGUGAAGACGGGAUCUAGUGCUGCUGAUAUGGGUUUCUCAGCCGUAGGCAGCAAACAGGCGCGGGUCACUUCGACAGAGACACUGCUGGACAUGCGCGGUCGUUGUUCUGCCGGCCAAAAAGUACUCGCCAGUCUGGUGAUUCGUCUGGCAUUGGCUGAAGUCUUUUGUCUUCAAUGUGGUGUGCUUGCGUUGGAUGAGCCGACCACGAAUUUAGACCGCGAAAACAUCGAAUCGUUGGCGUAUGCCCUCACCGAGAUCAUCAAAACUCGGUCAAGUCAACGAAACUUUCAGCUCAUUAUUAUCACUCACGAUGAAGACUUCAUCGAACUUUUGGCGCGAGCUGGUUGCGGCGGCCACCUAUUGCGUCUUGUGCGAAACCUAGAGUGA